AUGAGACGUCUGAAGCCAAUAAGUUGUAUCGAUAAUAAUACCGGCCAAGGAAAAAUAAGUGACUUCAAAGUCAUUAACUCGUGGUUUCUUCAAAGAGGGUUCAUCAUACUUGAAGGCUAUGGUUUUUUCAUCCUGACAGGCCUUGCGAUAGUUGUCUUUACAUUUCAAGCUUGGAAUAUGGCACUUUCUUUAACUAAUUUGGAUCAAUUGUUGAAGUGCCUUGAUACAACUAUUUCCGUGGCUUCAGAGCGCAAGAGAAUGGCAAAAAACAUGAAAACAGUUAACUACAUCACCAAGUUUAUGAUAAUAUGCUACACCACGUUGGCCAUAUCUUAUACAAUCAUGUCAUUUAUAUCAUACAUAAAGAAGCCAGUCAAAGAUAGACAGUUUGUGUUUCCAUCAUAUUUUCCAAUGGUUCCAGUUGUUGAAAUUGGAUUAAAAGUGAUAGGCAGAUAUUUUAUGAUAUUAUUAGGGAUGUUUUUUGUAAGUUUAAUAUUUCAGAUUUGGAAUUUUGUCUUAGUAAUUAGAAAAUUAAAUCUGCUAAUGAAUAAUUUAGCAACUACCAUGCCAUUGUUGCUCAUUACAUUAAAGCUAACAAUGUUUCGAUUAAAGUUCAAACAGGUAAAUGUUUUAAUUAGUCAAAUUUUUCGAGAUUGGAAUAAUGAAAAAAAUGUUGAUGUACGUGAAGUAUUGAUUAGAAAUCAAAAGAGAGCCAUUAUUUUAUCAAAUAUUAUUACAUUAUGUUACAACGGACUUGUUUUAACUUUCAUUGUGAUCACAAUAGCAUCUUACACAUCAACAUCUAUUAAUGACAGACAGUUUGUUAUUCAAGCAACUUAUCCAAUGAAUGCAAAGAAAUCUCCAAUAUUUGAAUUAUUAUGUCUCUUGCAAGUUGUGGUCGCAUUUUUCGGAACUAAUGGACAUGCUGUUUUGGAAGGAUUGCUAACGAUAUCGGUUCUUCAUGCCAAUACAAAGGCUUUUAGUGUUUGUAAAGAAAUAUCAAAUUAUACUGAAACUUGUUUGUCUCCUGAUAGUGGGAAGUACUCUUCGAAAGCUACACAAAAAUUGGUUAAACAACAUUCGGAAUUCAUUACUUUUACAGACAGUAUUCAAGACAUAUUUUCAAAUGUAUCGUUCUUUCAUUUGUUGGUGAUGAGUUUAAUUAAUUGUACAGUUGGAUUUAUGCUCAUUAAUUUAAAAAGUAUAAACCAAGAAAGCAUAUACGAAUUAUUAAUGUGCGUAGCCUACAUGCUCACUGCUUUAUCAGCAGUUUUGUCAUACUGCAUAGCUGGUGAAUAUUUAAAAACUCAGGGAACUUGGAUUUCUCAAAAACUUUACCAAAUGCCAUGGUAUAAAUUCAAGCAAAACGAUACGAAAAUGUUAGCCUUUAUGAUUAUGAGAAGCCAAAGAAUUGUGACUGUUACAGUGGGAAAUUUUGAUGAUUUAUCACUUAUAUAUUUUACAAAGAUUAUCAAGGCUUCUGUUUCAUAUUUGUCAUUUUUACGUGCAGCUAAUUUUGAAAAAAGAGUUAUGGUUUUGAAGUGCUGUUUUCCUUUUGACUCCACCAAAACUCCAAUAUAUGAAGUUAUCGUUUUGUUGCAAGCAUUUCAAGCAACUCUCCUGGUAGUAGCAGAUACUUUAAGCAAAUCACUUCUUGUGGCAUGCGUUUUACACGUAAGAGCACGUAUUUACUUAUUAGAAUAUUACAUAGAACAAUUUUCCAGUAACUGCAUCCGUAAUAAGGGUCAAAGAAGUGAUAAUGAGCCUAAAUUUAUUAAAGAUGUGAUCAUGGAACAUUCAAAAAUCUUGACUCUUGUUAAAAAAAUAGAUUUUUCUUACAGUUAUAUAAUACUCCUUCAAAUGGUGUUCAGCAACAUAAUAAUUUGUGUCACUGGAUUUGUUAUAAUCACGGCCUUUGAAUCAGCUAACAUGUUGCUAUUAAUAAAAUUUAUCUUGUUUAUUAUUGCAAUGCUUUUGCAAUGCUUUACAUUUUGUAUCGCCAGUCAAUAUCUUAGAAAUAAGGGUGAACUUAUAAAUAAAAUUGUAUAUAAUAGUUUUUGGUAUCAUUCUAAGCCUAUUGAGAUUAAAGCUAUUAUGUUUGUGAUAUCAAGUACUAUACGACCACUAACACUAAGAGGUGGGAAGCUGUUUGAACUUUCUAUAAACACUUUCGUUCAGAUUUUAAGGACUUCAUUUUCUUAUCUAUCGGUACUACGUGCUGUGUAUACCUAA